UUUAGCUUGUCAUUCAGUGUUGCCGUCGUCGUAAAAAAUAUUGGCGCGUCGAAUGUAACCGGCUUUAGAGAAUCUUUGUUUCAGUUUUAGAUUAAUUCAAUUUACAUUAAUUUGCGACAAAUCCGUAAAAAAUGGCUACGGAGCUAAAAAAUGCCAGUGAAGAUACCGAAAUGGCCGAGUGUGACGACGAAAAAGUUGUAACAAUGAUGGACGUGUUGCAAGAACAGGAAGAUUUCGAGGAAGACGUUAACGCUGUGUUAGGCGCCUCCGAUGAAAAGGAUUGCACCUAUUCUAAGGGCUAUAUAAAAAGACAAGCACUUUACGCUUGCAUGACUUGCUGUGCUGAUGCCAAGAAUGAUCCAACCAAAAGGGCAGGUGUGUGCCUCGCGUGCAGCCUGACCUGUCAUGAGAACCAUGACCUCAUAGAAUUGUACACGAAACGUAACUUCAAAUGUGACUGUGGCAACCCUAAGUUCAACUCCAACCCUUGCCAGUUUACCCCUGAUAAGACAGACUUAAAUGAAGAAAAUAACUACAAUCAGAACUUCAGUGGUUUGUAUUGCGUCUGUCAUAGGCCCUACCCUGACCCUGAGUCUCCAACUGAAGUUGAAAUGAUACAAUGUAUAAUCUGUGAAGAUUGGCUUCACGCUUCACACUUGGAAGCGACUGUCCCUGACAAUGAUCAAUAUUCUGAAAUGAUUUGCAAAGGUUGUAUGGAGAAAAACGAGUUUUUACAUGACUACAGCAAAUUAGCUGUUAAUACUGAUGUAGACAUUAUCACUAAUGGGAUUGAUAAUGAUAAAAUGUGUAAUGGAGAUGCCAAGCUAGAAGAAGUGGUCGAAGAUGAAACUGUCAAGACCGCAGAUGUUGAGAUGACAGAAAAGGCUUCUGAUAAUGUUACAGCUAAUCCAGAAGAAAGUUCUGAAAAGACAAGUGGAGAUGACAAGAGCAAAUAUGAAGAAAACAUACAACACACAACUAAAGAAUCUUCUAAUGAGAGAAAAGAUGAAGAAAACUCUGUUGACACUCCUACGGAAACUGAGAAAUCAGUCACUACUGAAACUGUUAAUCAGGAGCAACAGAAUGAAAAUGAAGAACCUGCAAGUGAUACUAAACAAACUAAAAGUACUGCACAAAUAGAUGACACUGAAAGUGUUGUAAAGAGUGCAGAGCAACUGGAGGAAGAGCAAUUGUUAGCAGACCCAGAUGAUGACAGUAAGAAGUUAAAAGCUGAAGAAAAAGUUGAUAUUAAAAAGGAUGACAGUAGUGAAACAACAGAUUCAGGGACGAGAAACCAAACUCUAGAAACAAAUGAAAAUGGAGCAGCUAAAGUAGACAAUGAGCCUAUUAGUGAUGACAAGCAGAAUGAAUCUAAAAAUAAUGAAAGUUCAACUGACACUGACCAAAAUUCAACUGAAAAAGAAACUAUUUCUAAUGCUGAAGACAAAAAUACAACUGCAGAAGUUGAUAUGAAAGAUAAUAAAGAAGAUAACACUUCAAAACUUGAGCAAGAAAAUGAUACCAUAGAGCCCAAAGCUGUUAAUGGAGAUACAGAAGUAAAAGUUAGUGAAAAAAGAAAACUGUCAACAGAAGAUGACACCGGUUCAGACAUUAAAAAGGCAAAAUUAGAAAAACCCAAUGAAUGUGUGAGGCCGAAAGGAGUUCAAAAAGUACAUAAAGGUGCUACAUUCUGGCCUUCUACCUUUAGGCAGAAACUUUGCACUUGUAGGGAAUGCAUUACUAUGUACAAAGAUCUAUCAGUUUUGUUCCUUAUUGAUCCUGAAGACACAGUCGCUGCAUAUGAGAAUUUAGGAAAACAAAAAAUCAAUGGGAAGCCUGCAUCCCAAUAUGAAAAAGGACUGCAAGCAUUGUCUUCCUUGGACAGGAUUCAACAAAUUAAUGCCUUGACGGAGUACAACAAAAUGAGGGACAAACUAUUAGACUUCCUCAAAAGCUUCAAGGACAGAAAAGAAGUGGUGAAGGAAGAGGACAUUAAGGCUUUCUUUGCGGGAAUGAAACCCAAACGUGAACCUGAUGGUGUUUAUUUCUGCAGAUGAAUAUUUCAAGUUUUAUUUUGUCUCAUUUCAAUAAUUUCAUUUUCAAUUUAGACAUGUACCAGUAACUUAAGUUUGACAUUCUUUUUGUAUUCUCUAGCGGUUAAACAAU